AUUGGUGUUAUCAGUCUGCGUUUGUCUGUGACAGAAUCAAUUGCUAGUUAUGGUUAUUAUGGUGACCAAGGUCUACUUUUUUCUAGCUUUCUUUUUCCGAGAAGAAUACACUAAUCCUUAUAAUUUGUCUAUACUUGAAUUGUUCUGUUACUGUAAAGUCUCUCUUCUGCCAUUUCCUUUAAUCCCAUGACUAUAGGAUGCAAGUUCUUGUUAAAUGUAAAGAGAAGAAUUACCUAAACUAAACUAACUAAACUAACCAUCACUGAGAAGGGGCAAUGGAAAAUCAUGUCAGGAAAGUGAACUGCUAUCAGGCACAAUAUAGAAAAUGGAAUGGACAGAGGCACUGUGGAAAACCCGGAUACCAUUGCUGGGGUUGGAGUGCUCCUGAGCAAGUGUAGUAGGGAAAAUUAAAACUCCACGAGAAGCAGUGUUUUAGAGGUUUGCUUUAAGAAACACUUCUUAACAAACUGCUUUUUCAAUCAGCUAAGUUUUGUGGGGAACUUUGUUAAUCUCCGCUUGUAUGUACAUUCUGCGCUAAUGCUACACUCACAAGUUGUUUUGUACAGCCAGUAACGAGUGUGAGGCGGCUUAAUAAAUGGCUGGUGAACAUUUACAGCCAUGAAAUUCAUCAGCCUACGCUCCGGCUCGCAUCACCAUACAACUCCUCAGAAGGCAAUGCACUAUUCCAUUUGCAAUGGGGCAGGGGGCGGUAGGUGGUGCAAAAUGUGCGUAGGAAAGGUCUUGGAAAUCCCAUUCAGCUUCACCCUGCAAAGAACACAUGUACCACAAAAUCAUAAUAAAUGCCAUUUAAGCCUUCGGUUCAUCACUUCACAGAGAGGCCCACAGUGUGUCUGGAUGUCUGCUACAGGAUGUUUUUGGAGUAAAACAGUCUCAGAGGCGGCCUUUGUCCAAGCACUGAGGUUGAUAUUGUUUCUCUGGCGCCUCUGUAUGGCCAGUUUGAGGCACGGACUCAGGAGAGGCAGCUAAAUUCCUGAAGGCUUUUAGGAAGCGUACGGAAGCACAGGACUAUGACAGAUAUUCAGGCCUGUGGAGGCAGCAAACUUUAUCCAUGAAUUUAUUUGUCCCAUUCCUACCAGUUUUCUAAACCAUUCUCUUACCACGGUGACAGCGGUCUUCUCCUUUCUUGAACCUCUUGAGAUUUCUGGUAUGUUUUUGCAUUUGCGUAGGAUGAAAGUAAAUAAACAUCAUCUAUAUUUCUCUGAUCCAGUCACAGCAAAUCUAAAUGUUAACAACCAAGCUGUAUGGCCAAUCAAAAUAUCAUGACCUAAGCUUCUCUGGAAGAGAGAAUUUCCAUUCAAAAUUAAUACACUGCAAGUAGAUGGAUCACAAGGGAAAAGCAAGCAAUACCAUCAUGAGCUUAAAGAAGCAGAACAUCUUCCAAUCUGAAAUCCCUUAGCUUUCCAAAAUAUGUGCCCCCCUUCUUAAUAAAUAUUAAAAUACUAAUAAAAUAUUAGUAAUAAUAAUAAAAAGAAAAAUUAUCUUCUGUCCUACUUCCUGAGAACAGGAAUGGGGUUGUCUUUCUGCAGAGUCAGAACUUGCAGCAGCGGAGCUGUUGACUGCACUGCCAUGUUUUCACUCAUCAGGAUGCAGAAACUUUUCUGGUAUGCUCACUGUCUCAUUACCAAGUUUAACCACUGGAAGUUCACUGGUGUGGCCUAUUUUCUUUGCUAAGAGCAUCAUACGUUCAGCAAAAUCUGUGGGUGUUCUUCGGUUAUGUGAAGGUUAAUGAUUAGGGUCAACAUAAACGACCCACCAGAAUGUCUCUAUCUUGCAGUGAUCUUGAUUGCUUAAAGUCUACUCCCUUAAAGAUUAUUGCUUGAAGUCUGUUCCCUAACACCAAGCUUUGAAGUUCUCCAGCAGUUUGCACUAGGUGGAACAAGCCAGUUAGUUAACCUCCCACCCGUCCUCCUAGAUUUUAAAAGAUUCUCUUGGGAGAACUAAAUCACUUGAUGAACUAAAUGAUUCUCUUGAUGAACUGAAUGGUGAAGGUCGAUUCUCAUAUGAGUCUAGGCACUCAUACUGCAGUGCCUAGACAUCAUUGAAAAGGAGGAUGUCAUUGCUACAUUUUUCUUUCUGGAUUCGACUGUGUGUCCAUAGGCUUGCGACAGCUGAGUUGUGCACUCAGUUCGGCUUAUGGAUUCUGAUGUCUCGCUGGUGUGAUUUUUCUGUCUCCAGCCUGAUCCUCCCAAUUGUAGUUCAUGUCAACUGCCUCUGAACUGGUGCUGGCAACGCAAGCCGUUCUUGCAGGACAAGCGCUCCAGUUUCAUUGCCUCAGCAGUCUCCAGUCAGCCCCUCUGGAUGGGCGGUGUCACUCCUGGCUACAAUCCCAGAAAGGAGGCAGAGCCUGGAUUAGGCCUGGUGCGUGCUGGGCAGAGGGGAUCAGCCCUGCUGCCACCGGCUAGGGGAGAAGAACAGGAGAAAAUCCCCAGGGGCGAGCCACGGGCCAUCUUUGACUUGGUGUAGGAGGAACCAAUGCAUGCAGGGGGCAGGGCAGCAGUGCUGGCUUGUGGGGAGAGUCAGUUAGGCCCGUGUCCUGUUGCCUCAGAGGAAGACAUGGGUUUUGUUGAAGGCACCCCAGUGCUGUACAGAUCUGGAGAUUUGUCACGGCUGGGGCGACGUGGGAAGACUCAGUCAAAGCUCCAGACACUGCUGCAAAAUGCCAACAGCGAGCAGACACAAUAUAGGGAACGGAAGGGACAGAGGCACUGCGGAAAACCUGGAUGCCAUUGGUGGGGUUGGAGUGCUGCAGAUGAUGCUCGCCCGUUGUGACGUCACUGGCACCCAUCCCCUACAUGAGGGAUAGUGACAUACGCAGCAGUGGAUUGUGACCUCUUGGCCCUCACUGCCUGUAGCCGGGCACAGAGUCUCUCACUCUGCCUUGUGCUCUCACUCCAGCCGAGCGUGUCCGUGAGGUUUGGAGCAAGCAGCAAGGAUAGCCUUGGUGCUGGUCUCGUGCUCUGGGAGCUGCCGACAGCUGCUCUCAGUGCUCGUCCCCAGAGCCAUUCAAGCUUCUUCCCCGCCCUGCCUGGCUCAGGCAGCCGGGGCACCCAGGAGGCCGCAGCAGCUAAGGGAACCGCGUGACCCCUGCUGCUGCAGCAGCGGGGUGAGGAGCAGCCCCUCAUCCCCUUCGCUCUCCUGCCCACCAUAGCAGCUGGACAGCAUGGCCACCGAGCUGGACCGUCGCUGCCCCAUCUGCCUGGACACCAUGGAUGACGCCAGCUACGUGAUGCCGUGCCUGCAUCGGUUUUGCUUUGGCUGCAUCCAGCGGUGGGCUGAGAGCAGGCCUACGUGCCCCCUCUGCAAACGCAGCGUGGGGUCCAUCUUGCACUCGGUGCGUUCGGACGACAGCUUUCAAGAGCUUGUCAUUGGGCAGCAGGUGAGGGCCAGAACAGCCCCUCACCACGCAACACCAGUGCAAGAGCAAACAGGGGCGGCGCCCACCUGGCCGUCCAUGUUCCGCCAGAUUCCAGCUGUGCUCCGGCCCCUGCUGCCCUGGCUGCGCCAGGAGCUGAGGCAGCUUUUCAUGUCUGACCACAGGGCAGCCUCUGCAGCACAGCGCCACGUCAUCUCUGGCCUGUGCUACUUUGGCCUGGACGAGGGAGCACUGACUUUGUGGCUGCACUGCUCCCUGCGAAGCCGGGCCGCCAGCUUUGUGCGACGGCUCGUUGUACAAGCUGCGCGGGUGUGCAGUGGGCAGGUGCAACAUCUGCCUGGCCCGGAGGCCUCCCAUGCUGCCACAGGACGGGAGGGCAGCCCCUACCCCGGCCCACAGCCCUCCAGGAGCACCGGGGAAGACAACGUGGAGGAGGAGCUUCCUGUCUCCUCAACCGCUGCCCUUAGUGAGGGUCCCAGCCAGCCUCCAUCCAUCCUGGCUCCAGGGCGGACCAGCCAAGCAGCAGCCCAGCAGGAGCCGGGGGAGGCAGUGCCAGGUCCCUCAAGCACCGGCACGGGCAGGGAGUGCUCACGCAGGGCGCCUCGGCGAGCUCCGAAGAGAAGGGCCCGCAAUUCUGAGGCCUCUGCACCUCCUGCCAAGAGGCCACCCCAUCGGCAGCACUAGGACACCGCCCCAGCAGCUGGCGAGAACAGGGCUGGGCCUGCAGCUGGGGCACAACCAGCCCUCGGGGGCUUGGUCUUUCAGACCACAGAAUCACAGAAUGGCCCGGGUUGGAAGGAACUUCAAAGAUCACGAAUCUCCAACCGCCCCACCACGGGC